GCUGUGAUAAGUGACAAUCAUCGGAGGACGGAUAUGCCGUUGUCGAUCGUGGGACGUGUAUUUUUGAAAUUUGAAAUUUGUAUUGUCCCGCAUUCGAAUCCCGUCAGUCAGGCAAAGACUAAGACUUUUUUUAGAGAUGAACUCGAUCAAGAAAAAUAUACAAGACACAUACACCAAGGAAUAUCUUGCACUUAAUAAAAGGAACGAUGGUAGAGAAUUAAUGAACUUUCGAGAUGCGUCACUAAAUUUGAACACAAUUCACACAGCAGAUGGAUCGGCAGUAGUCAAAAUCGGGAAUACAGCUGUUGUUUGUGGCAUUAAAGCAGAACUAGGUGUUCCUAAAGCUGAAACUCCAGAUAUUGGAUAUCUUUUAGUAAAUAUUGAACUACCUAGCUUAUGUUCUAAAAAAAUUCGACCAGGAAUCCCAUGUGAUGAAGCAAUGCAAAUGACCAGCUUCCUUAAUGAAGUGUGUAAUAAUUGCAAAAUACUAGAUCUACAACAAUUGUGUAUUUCUGUUGAUAAAUUAGUGUGGGUCUUGUCGUGUGAUAUAUAUUGUUUGAACUAUGACGGAUCUGUUUUAGAUGCAUGUUUAAUAGCAUUGUUAUCAGCAUUACAAACAGUUAAGAUACCAGAAGUAAAAUAUGAUAAAGAAACUGAAGAAACAACUGUCAUUGAAAAUUACAUUCCGUUAAAAGUUAACAAUUUACCAGUAUCGUCAACCUUUGGGGUAUUUAAUGAAAAAUAUAUUUUAGCUGAUCCAACUGAAGAAGAAGAGCAAUUAUGUGUUAGUAAACUGACAGUUGUAACCAAUGGAUCCUUAUUAUUUUCAUUACACAAACCUGGAGGAGAAUUCAUAAAAGAUAGCCAAAUUCAAAAUUGUAUUAAACAUGCUAAUAACAGAGCAAAAACAAUUUAUCAAUUAAUAAAAGCUGCACAAUAAAAUAAUUUGUAUAUUUUUGUUCUUAAAAAAUAAGUAGGUAAUAUGCAAUGCAUAUUUGUGGCAAUUAUUAUGUUGUUAUUACUAACAUGUUUAUUUUAUUUUAACUCAUUGUAUAAAGCAAAAAUGUUACCAGGAGUAACUAAAUGAUAAUAAUAAUAAUUUGUAUUUAAAAUUGGCUGCUAAGUUUCAACAAUCAAGAUUAACUGGUGUAUCUUUGAGUUAUUGUUUUUAUACUUAAUGUUAUGGAUGUUAAUUGGUCAGUUGGAGUCAAAAGUUAUAAAUAGGGCCCGAAAUUUCAUGCAUUUGCAUGUUUUUACUGAGUAUGUCAAAAAGUUACUGGAUCAGCUUAAAAUUUAAAUCACAACCUAGAGUUCAAAAAUGAAAUUUUAGUUUUUAUAUUUUUGCAUAUUUUGAGAUUCAUUUUCUUAAAUACUCAUAUUUUAAAAUAAAUUUUCACUGCAUAUCUA